AUGCCCGCCAGCUCCACGCUGCGUCUAAGUGACACCUCACCGCACGACAUGGAUAGUCGGAGCUCUCUACGUCAACUGCAUCAGCAGCUUGGAGACUUUAGUUUGACAGGACAUGCGAUGGUAGGAUCGCUACGGACUCAUGACGGUCGAAACGGCCUAAGUUGGCAUCUACAGGAUAAGCGUGCCACUCCUCCUCUACCUUCUCUUCCGCCGUGGGCAGGCUUCAAUCAAACUUCACAAAAGCGACGUGAUAGUCGUGAGGAGAAUACAGAAACACAUUUUCCAAGUGUGCCACAACCUGCAGGAUGGAAAAAACCUCGACCAUACUUCAUGCAGUUGAAGCAACUCGAUGCCAGAGUUCCAGACGCCGGUGAAAACCAGCAAUGCCAUGAAAACGAUGAGCCCGAAAUCCUUCAAUCAACUGAAAAACAACAAACCGAACUUGAGCCACAAGAUCAAAAUGCUAGGGUGAAGAAACUAGCAAGUCCCCGAGCAGGUUCCAAAUCGUCUAUUGAGACAAAAGUGAACGAAGAAGACGAGCCGACCAGCAGUGGAAGUGGUAGUGAAACAAACCAGCAAGAGGUAAGAUCUCCUCAACGUCGACCGCCUCUACGAGGUCAAUUCUUCCGGUGUUGGAAGAAAAACGCACCCGAUGAUGACAACAAUGAAGACUGGUCGCCACCACCUUCCAACAAAUGGAAAGAACGUGCCAUCAUGGACCCGUUUGCAAAGCGGCGAGCACGAAUGAAGAGUGUUCCACCCCCACCCAGAACCCAGUCACCUCCUGAGUUGCCCCCUCCAGGUCGAUUGACCGAGCUACCCAAGGUCCAAUCACCCAUAAAACGCUCGAGCGAACUCAAAUCUUCAUCAAGAGAAUCCUCAGCAUCAAUUUCACCGCGUCCAAAAGCUGAGCACGGUCCACUUAACCCAUUACGACUGUCGUCUGCUGACAAGAGACGAGCUGCACUGCAUCGCCCUGUAACUCCAAGCUCGCCUCCACGUCUUCUCCACUCAGAUCGAGACAGGAUACAUCGAGAAGUAUCACGAGACAGCUUAACCGAAGAGCGCAAACAGGAUAACGAGUCUGUGAAGUUAAAUCGUCAAAGACAGGUUAAAGAAAUUAACCUAUCUCGAAAGCCGAAAAAGUCGACAAUGAACGUACUGGACGAGAUUAAACGCAAACGAGAAGCUCGUCGUGCUCAACAGGCUGAGGAGAAGCGUCGAGUUGAGAAAGAACUUCGAGAACACGGUGAUGAUGCAGGUUAUAAAUUUCGACGGUUAAUUCGGCAGUAUCGCGAUGCGCUGCCUCCCAAUCAACAGCAACAACAAACACUCCAACAAUUACCUUUAUUGUCAUUAACUGCAUCCAUACAGCCACCACCGACACCUACAACGUUAGUAGAUGCCGCCAAAGCCCCAAGACUCUCGGUCUUUAUUCGGAAACGUCCUCUUGCCAAGAAAGAGCUGAAGAAAAAGGGAUACGACAUCGUCUCGUGUUUAUUCGCUUCGGACGAUGAAAAAAACGACAAUACCAUGCGUUUGCGUCGAGAACUUGUGUGUCAUGAACCAAAACUCCGCGUGGAUUGCUCUGAGACGCUGGAGAAUCAUCAGUUCCGCUUUGAUGGGGUAUUCGAUGAGUGGCAAGAGAACAGUAAGAUCUACGACGCCACGGUUGGACCGAUGAUACCGUAUCUCGUCUCUGAAGCGACCGGUUCAAGCGAUACGACCAGUCUUACGGUGUUUGCGUAUGGUCAAACUGGUUCGGGCAAGACGUAUACGAUGAAAUCUAUCUAUCGGCAAGCUGCCGUGGAUUUAUUUCAUCAUCUUGAAGAGGUACAGACUUCGAGUCGUAAAGCUCGUAUCACCGCGGGGGUGAGUUUCUAUGAGAUUUAUAUGAAUAGCGUUAACGACUUGCUCAAUGGACGAUCAAGAGUGCAGCUCAUGGAGGACGGAGACGGCGCUGUACAGUUGAUGGGACUGAAAGAACUGCCCGCUACGAAUGCUGAUGAGCUGCUUGAACUGGUUCAACGUGGAGAACAGGCUCGAGCCACGAGUGCUAAUGCCGUCCACGAUGAUUCAUCUCGCUCUCAUGCUCUACUUCGAGUGACGUUGUAUGCUGAAGGCAACAAUGAUGCAGCAUUGGCACGACUGUCAAUGGUUGAUCUGGCUGGUAGUGAGCGUGCGAGUAACACGCAGAGCGACAAGAAGAAUACAAGGAUGGAAGGAGCAGAGAUCAACAAGAGCCUGUUAGCACUCAAGGAAUGUAUCCGUGCGUUGGAUCGAGGUGCAACCCACAUUCCGUUUCGACAAAGUAAACUUACACAACUUCUCCGGGACAGCUUCCUCUCGCAGAAUUCCAAGACGAUCAUGAUCGCCACGAUUUCGCCUUGUUCAGAAAGCUGCAACCACACGCUCAAUACGUUGAGGUACGCCGAUAGACUUAAGGAAAUCGGCGCGGCCAACUGA